GUACCAGCCUCGCUUGCUCUCGCCGCCGAGUCUCGUUCUCCUUUAUUUGUUUACGGAUACACGGGACACCUGCACACAAAUGUUGGAUUUUGUCCUGCAUCGUCUGAAAGGUACCACCCAAAUACCUGAAGUGCUCUCUCCCAGAAGCAGGCAGUGAGCCAAGGGGAAGGCAGAGGACAGAAAUGAAUGUGCUCCCAAGCUUUCCCGGUGGUGUAUGGCAUUCUCCAAACUCCUAUGCAAGGGCUAUUCCUGACCGAGAAGACCCAAGGAGACCGUCUCUGAAAUCAAGUCCAGAUGAAGCCUCAUUGCUUCAGUGUCACGACCUUUAAAAACUUCUCAUCUACUGACCCCCCAUUCCAGCGGCUCUUCAUUUGGGGGGUGGUGCCCUCGCCGUGAGCCAGAUCCGAGCACCUUCACCCUUCGUGGUCCCUGAACUGAGAGGAAGCAAGUGAGUAUGGUUUUUGCUCCCAGAAUGGAGAACAGCAAGCCACCCUUGGUUAUUCCCACACUGCUGGUGCCCCUGCAAAACCACAGCUGCACAGAGCUCGCCUCCUCCCUGCCACACCGUGACCUGACGGAAUUCCAUGAGGCGCGUGGCUGGACGAGCAACAGAACAGACGUGGAGCCGGGGCUGAAGCCUGGCGAGGUGGCCACGGCCAGCAUUUUCUUUGGGGCCCUGUGGUUGUUUUCUGUCUUCGGCAAUUCACUGGUUUGUCUGGUCAUCCACCGGAGCAGGAGGACUCAGUCCACCACCAACUACUUUGUGGUCUCCCUGGCAUGCGCGGACCUCCUCGUCAGUGUGGCCAGCACGCCAUUCGUCUUGCUGCAGUUUGCCACCGGCAGGUGGACGCUCGGCAGCGCCAUGUGCAAGGUCGUGCGGUACUUCCAGUACCUCACCCCAGGCGUCCAGAUCUAUGUUCUCCUCUCCAUCUGCAUAGACCGGUUCUACACCAUUGUCUACCCCCUGAGCUUCAAGGUGUCCAGAGAGAAGGCCAAGAAAAUGAUCGUGGCCUCGUGGGUCUUCGAUGCUGCCUUUGUGACCCCCGUGUUCUUUUUCUUUGGCUCGAACUGGGACAAUCACUGCAACUAUUUCUUCCCUUCCUCCUGGGAAGGAACUGCCUAUAGCGUCAUCCAUUUCUUGGUGAGCUUUGUGAUCCCGUCUGUCCUCAUCAUCUUGUUUUACCAGAAGGUUGUGAAGUACAUUUGGAGAAUAGGCACUGAUGGCCGAACAGUGAGGAGGACCAUGAACAUUGUCCCAAGGACCAAAGUGAAAACGAUCAAGAUGUUCCUCAUUUUAAAUCUGUUGUUUUUGCUCUCCUGGCUGCCUUUCCAUGUGGCUCAGCUGUGGCACCCCCACGAACGAGACUUGAAGAAAAGUUCCCUUGUUUUCACAGCUAUCACGUGGAUAUCCUUUAGUUCUUCAGCCUCUAAACCUACGCUGUAUUCCAUCUAUAAUGCCAACUUUAGGAGAGGAAUGAAAGAGACAUUUUGCAUGUCCUCGAUGAAAUGUUACCGAAGCAAUGCCUAUACUAUCACAACCAGUUCAAGGAUGGCCAAAAAAAACUACGUUGGCAUUUCAGAAAUUCCUCCCACGGUCAAAACUAUAACCAAAGACUCGAUAUAUGAUUCAUUUGACAGAGAAGCCAAGGAAAAAAAGCUCGCUUGGCCCAUUAAUUCAAAUCCGCCAAAUACUUUUGUGUAAUUUCGCAGAAUUCUUUCAAUUAUUGUUAUGUG